UAUAAAUACAUGUAGAUUGGAUUUCGAUGAAUGUCACACCCAUCACAAAGUGAAGAAAGAAAAAAAUUAUCAUAAUUCAUAAUCUAUAUGAACAUGUGUAGCAAUAGCGGUAGUACUAGUGGUUGCGGAUGUGGAAGCGGUGGAGGUCAUGGUGGUAAUGGUAACGGUAAUAAUAACGGUGUUAGUAUGUGGAGUUCGAGUUUGAAGAAACAACAGCAACAACAACAACAGCAACAACAAAAACGUCCUAGGAUUCCGAAAAGAGGCCCCGGUGUUGCUGAACUCGAGAAGAUCUUGAGAGAACAAGAAUCAUCUAUUGAUGUGACAACUAAUGAUAGAGGAAUAAAUAAUGAAGGAUUUUCGGUUUCAUCUUCGUGUUUAUUUCCUCAUUUUUCUUCGUCAUGUUUGAAAUCUCAUCAACCGCUACCACCGCCACCACCACCGCCACAUCCAUCGCAACGGUUGAAUUCGAUUAAUUUUCCACCAAAAUUUGAUAAUGUAAUGCCACCAUCAAUUGGAUCUAUGUAUGGUAAUAGUAAUGGUAAUACUCAUUCAUUAGGAAGGAAUAGUGGCGGCGGCGGUGGUGGUGGAUCUGGUGAACAUGAACUAUUUCCAAGGAAUUUGAAUUUUAGUUCAUGUAAGUCUAAGCCAAAUCUUAAUGAAGCUGCUGAUGGAAGCCAAUCUGAUUCUGGAAAUUCUCCAUCUAGUGAUUCUAAUCAUGCUAAUUGGAAUUACCCUGCAACAAUUCAAAAGAGAAACAAUGGUUAUCCACCACAACCUAUGAUUAAUCAAUUUCAUGGAAAUGGUGGUAAUCAAGCUUCUUCAGGAUCAUUGUCAAUUGGAUUGCACAAUCAUAUCGAGCCCCCUUCGAUCCAAAAUAAUUCAUAUUACAACUAUCCAUCUAGGUCACAGGACGAAAAUAAGAUGGUUGGCAUGAAGCGAUCUCAUUCUUCAACUUUGAACAACGGUCCAAUUGAACCAUCAUCUUUGAACAACGGUCUGAUUGAACCGUCAGAUUUUCAAGUUAUUCCAAGUUUUUCUAACCUCAAUAGACCACAACAAUCAUCAAGAAAUGACAAUCAUGGUGUGAGUAGUUACAAUCUCCCCACAAAUGAGUGUUACAGAGAUGCCAGAUGGGGUAGCACUUUGGAGCUUAGUAGCAAAAGGUUCAAUUCUGAGAAUGGUGCUUGCUCUGGUCAUGCAAAUUUCCCACCAUUUGUUGCUCCUGAAGUUCCACCACCCCCUAUGCAUUUGUUUCAAAAUGUUCAUCCCAAGGGGAAUAUGUUCCCUUGCCAAGCCAUUGAAGAUAAAAUAGAGAGUUCAUACCAACGUUCGGAAUCAAGUGAACAAGAUCGUAAACGUUUCUUCAACUUCUUAGAAGUGAAGGGCCAAGAAGGGGUGACAGAAGAAACAAGUGGAUCAAAUCAUGGAGGACGUGAAGGAGGAAGAGGAGGAGGUGGUGGCCUUGAUCUUAGCUUGAAGCUCUGAGUUUGAAAGUUUUCACUAGAACUAUAUUUCUUAAAGUAUGUUUUAAUUUAGUUUUAUACAUUGGAGACAUAAUGUUUAGCAACAAAUGAGGAACAUGAUUAUGUUAUUUUAGUGUUGGUUGGUUGAACCAGAAAAUUAAUUUAUUUGGAUUGUUAUUUACUUUGUGGGGAUUUUUUAUUUAUUUUUUCAAUCAUUAAGGUUUUUUAAUGUUGAGUAGGGGCACUAAUGUUUAAGACCUUUAAUUUGGUUAUAC